AUGUUCCCACUACGCCCACAGCCGCCUCAACGUGGUGUCAGCACGAGCGGUGAAACUGAUGCUCCGCCGAUUCCAGCAACCAAUAUUUUCGAUCCCAAUCGCCCAGUGAGGCAUGUCAACCCAAGAACUAUUCCAAACACCCCGAGUGAUGUCGUUUCAGUCAUCACAGUUGAUACCGCACUUGCCAGUACCGCCGAUGAUCGCACACCACAUCCUGAAGUUGGUACCCUUCGGCGUCCUAUGAAAAUUAAACGGCCGAUGGCAACUCUCUCAGAAGUGACUGGCGACAUUCACUUUAUCCCAGAUGGUGGAGCAGAUUCCACAUCCACAAGUCCAGCCCGUGAUCUCAAUUUUAACCCGCAAGAUGACCAGGGUACCAUCAACACUGGCUUUUCUAUUGGUGAUGGAUUAGGUGGUGUACAGGGUGGUCCUUCGAAAAAGCCCUUCGUCGACCAGAAUCCGGAGAAGAAACACCCCUUGUCUGGCAGUGUUACUAGUAGGCCUGGUCGGGACAGAGAAUACUCUAGUACUGAUCAAGGAACUGAUGAUCAAGCCACUCUUGUCACCGGAUUUGACGAAGUUGAUAAAAAAAAGAAACCUAACAAUCGCAACAAACACUCAACUCAAGACUAUGAUUGGAAUGAAGACAUCACGGAGGUGAAUACUGACGAUGCAACAUCCCGGAAGAAAAAGAAGAGCUUGAUGUGUGUUAUCACCUGUCUCGUUAUAGCUGGAGCAGGGGCUGGAUAUUACUUUUCCCAGCGCUCACCACAAGACAUCGAUUCGUCUACAACUGCACCCAGCCCUGAAAUACUGGCUCCAGCACUACCAGUACUAACAGAAUCCAAUAUGUUCCCUCUACUUCUCUGCCAGGGAGAUUGUGAUGUCGAUAUGGACUGCCAAGAUGGACUCUAUUGUUUCCAACGGAACAGUUUUGAGCCUGUUCCAGGUUGUGAUGGUGAAGAUUCAAGCAACACAGACUAUUGUAUUCCACGACCAGAAGGUCCUUCGAUUGUGCGAUAUGGUGAACGGUUGGUCGGUGCGCCGCGCAGCAGACUUGGAUCUUCGGUAUCCCAAUCCAAGAAUGGUCAAAUUCUGGCUGUUGCUGGUUCAAACAAUGAUUCCAAUACUGGAUACGUCAAUAUUUACAUAUCCCAGCCUGGCGAAACUUGGGAUUUGAUGGCAACUUUAGUGGGAAAUACUGAUGGUGGACGAUUUGGGUCCAAUAUUGCACUCUCUGCUGAUGGGAGUACGCUUGUUGUAGGGAGUCAAUUGGACUUGGGUUUGCCAAGUACUGGCACCCGUGCCGCGAGUGCCCAAGUGUUCUCAGCUUCAAGUGAUUUUCGCAGCUGGACCUUGAUCGGCAAUGAGAUCAUUGGGGAUGAGUAUGCUUUCGAUGAAUUCAGCUCUUCAAUUGAUAUUUCAAGUAAAGGAGACUAUGUGGCGCUUGGACAACCCAACUCGAAUAGCUUGCAAGGUGGCGCCGCUGUUUAUCGCAAUGAUAACGACGAAUGGACUUACGUUGGAUCACCCUUUAGCCAAUUUCAAACUGGAUCUUCCGUGAAACUUUCAGAGACAGCAACUGGAAAUCUUCGCGUCGCUGCCAAUGGUGACGAUAAUCACUUCGGUCCAGGUCAAGUCUAUGUUGUAGAACUUGAUACAUCUACAGGUGUAUGGCGCACGAUUGGUCAAUCCCUUGGUGAAAAUGUCGGCUCUUCCAUUGCCCUUUGCGAUGAUGGGUCCGUCAUGGCCCUUUCCAUUACCAACCGGCGAUCAAACGCAAACGAUGGCGAUGGUCCCAGAAUCAAUGGUCCUGAGUACGUACUGGUCUAUCAGUAUAGUGAGGCGGCCUCUAGAUGGGUACAAUUCGGCAACUUGAUUCCAAUCGCCUCUUCGGAUAUUACACAUCUACCUUCGAUUUCGCUUUCCCACAAUGGCCUCGUUCUUGCUGUUGGGGAACCGUGGUACAACGAUAACGACGGCCGCGUGAACCUGUAUCGAUACAAUAGUCGAACCGAGCGUUGGGAACUCUUGGACGACGAGUUGGUUGAACCCGUUGAUGGUGGCUUUUUUGGUGCUUCGCUAUCGUUGGUGGGAUCAAGCGAUGACUUCAUGCUAACCGUUGGUGCGCCCGUCGCAACCGUAGAUGAUACGACCCAAGGCUCUAUAUGGUCGUAUCAACUGGAACCAACGCAAGAAGAUCCACAGAAUGACACGACUCAGAACCCUGGAAAUCCGAUAAUGGCUCCGACAACUGCCCCCAUCACAAGUAUUACAAAGGACGAUGGAAGUACCUUGGAAGCCGUAGUGAGAAGAGGUUUGAAGUGCGGAAUCAUGCUUCUUCCUGGCCGAGCGACUAUCAGUCCUCAGACUGACGAGCUUGAAGGUUUGAGUAUCGAUCUUUGUCUUGCACUUGCAGCCGCUGCUGGGGUUGCACCUGAUGAUGUGACAUUUGUGCAAUUGAGUACAGUGGAUAGGUUCGAAGCUCUCCAAACUAGACGCGUUGAUGUCUUGCUGACAUCUGAUACAGUCACUAUGCAGCGCGCUGUGUUCGAGCCGUCAGCACAAGCAGGACUCGUUUUUUCAGUUCCCUACCUCUACUCUGGAAGUGGUUUCGCCGGUCGUGGAGAGCAAACACUGUGUGUAGAUCGUAGGGACUUCGAAAGUGCCAACUGUACAGGAAUUAACAUCUGCGUUGUAGAGGGCACUACUCACCAAGAUGAUUUGGAAGCGAUGGUGGCGAACAAAGGCGUGAAUGUCGUGCUGGCCUCUUCUUUAGCAGUUUUACAUAGCCGCUUUCGUGAUAACUUCUGCGAUGUCAUUGCUGGUGAUUCAUUUGACAUUUCCGAGCCAGUGGCUCGUCAGUUUGGCUACUCUGGAGACUACAUGGUCGGUUCCAAUCUGACCCUUCGAGAGCCACUAGGAAUGGUGACACGCCAAGAUGAUCCGCGUUGGAGUGAUUUUGUCAACUGGGCGCUCCAGGCUACGUUUCGUGCUGAAGAGCUUGGAGUCCUUCAAGUCAACGCCUUUACCAUGCCAACAACAGAUGUCUUUGGUCCAUCCUAUGCCACCAUGUUCAAACGUAUCAUUGCAGCAGUGGGAAACUACGGCGAGAUGUAUGCUCGCAGCGUUGAAGGAAUCUUGCCACGAUUCGCUAUUAACCAAAUUAACGACGGGUCGACCGGUCUGAUCAGUCCCUUGCCGUUAGGCAGAUACGAGAUUUCUGGUCCUUCUCCAUCUUCAGAGUCCAAGUUGGAAGUCAUCAAAGCGCGAGGGUACUUGAAUUGUGGGAUCAGUCGUCGGCCCAUUUUUGCGUAUGUGAACAAUGGGAAGUAUGAAGGAUUUGAUGUUGAUUUCUGCCGGGCAAUUGCGGCAGCAAUAUUUUCUGGUCGAGCCUCUGCCAGUGUGCUUCGUUUCGUGGACCUUGGUGCUCAAGAACGGUUUUCAGCACUGGUGGACGGUACCGUCGAUGUGCUGAGCCGCCUAACCACGGUCAAUUUGCAACGUGAUGUUCUGGAGGCCACCACUGAAAUAGGAUUUGACUUUACGGCACCCAACUACUAUGAUGGACUCUCCUUUGGCGGCGUUCCAAGCUUUGUCGAUUGCGCAGAUAAUCUUAACUUCCGGUCUUCAGAUUGCCAAGAUUUGAAGAUCUGCGUUGUUGCUGGUACGACAUUUGAAGAAAAGCUCCGAGAGUUUGGUGUCGAUGACGGAUUUUUGGUCCUCCAGAGUGCAGGAUAUCUUCUUGCAGAAGGGCUUCGAAUGGGGACUUGCAAUGUCGUUGCGGGCGGGGUCUCGGAUCUCUCGCGAUCGAACAUUCAAGCUGGUGGAUACACUGGUGACUAUCAGGUUGGAGGAAAGAUCCUUUCCAAGGAUCCAUUGGCUUUGGUCACCCUAUCCGACGACCGGCAGUGGUCCAACUUUUGCUUUUGGGUCGUCCAGGCAAUCUUUUAUGCUGAUGAGCAGGGAAUCAAUUCCAAUGAUGCCGGGUUCCGCAUGCCUGUGACCAAUCUCUUUGGGCCGUCCUAUUCUCGAAUGCUCCGCGAUGCAGUGGUAGUGGCAGGCUCGUAUGCGGACAUGUACAAUAGUCACUUCCUUUCCGAGUUGGGCUCUCGUCGCGGUUUGAAUUUGGCGAACUCGAGUCCCCAUACACCACUCAUCUAUCCUCUUCCUGGAAUCGGCUGA